UCACGAGUGUUUGGCGUCAGUCUGCGUUGGGUGCUCGGGGGAGGUGGGGCGAGAAUCGUGGUUCAGCGAUAUAGUGUGGCAUUUCGCACCAAUUUAUCUGCUGCCAUGUAUUCCGAGAUCCUGGGAAUGCUUCAACAAGACUCCUUCAAGGAAUACAGGAGCUAUCUGGAUCUUAUGGGGAUGAUGCCCCCCUCGCCCACCUACUUCGGCGGCUCAGGGCUGGACAGCACGUCCAAGCCGCAGCCGCCGGCCCCCGGCUUCCCCUUCGUGCACCCGAGCGCAUCGCGACGCCCCAGCGGACAGCCGACGCUGGGCGGUCUGGCCGGCCUCGGCCGCCAGUCGUCUAGCGCGGCCGACGUCAGCCUGGAGAGCCCACUCAGCCCCGCCGUCUCGCUGCCGCCGCCGGCCGCCGGCGCGCUCCACCGCCGCCUCGACCGCAGCCACAGCGAGCCGGUGGCAGAGCGCAAGCUGCCGCCGCAGAACUCGAGCCGCUACAAGACGGAGCUGUGCCGGCCGUUCGAGGAGAGCGGCCAGUGCAAGUAUGGCGAGAAGUGCCAGUUCGCGCACGGAGCGCACGAGCUGCGCAACAUGUCGCGCCACCCCAAGUACAAGACGGACCUGUGCCGGACGUUCCACACGACCGGCUACUGUCCGUACGGCGCGCGCUGCCACUUCGUCCACAACACGGACGAGCAGCGGCGGCCGCGCGCCGCGCUGAGCUCGGCCGGCGAGUCGCCCUCGCCCGGCUCCAUGUCUGGCUCCAGCUCGCCCACCUCGAUGCUCUUCCCGGACGAGGCGUACAAGUCGGUGCUGACGCCGAGCCCGGUGCCGCAGCCGUUCGCCGUGUUCCAGUUCCCGACGCAGCGCGAACUGGGACUGCUGCUGGCGCUGCCGUCCAGCCCCAGCCCCACCGACUCGCUGGCCUCCGACCUGGAGACGAUGAGCCUGUCGUCGGCCGGCAGCGCUAGCGGAAGUCCGCCCAGCUGCUCACCGCUGGACCAGCCGCGCAACCUGCGGCUGCCCGUCUUCUCGCGCAUGCGCAGGGAGGACGCGUUCGCGCUGUGAUAGCCGGGCCGAAGAGCGGACCGCGGGCGGCGGCGGCGCGGCGCGCCGGGAGAGGCUGCGGCCGACCUGACCUGGCCGGCGCCUGCCCGGCGGCCGGCGCCGCCACCCCGGCCCCGGCGCCCAACAUUGUGCCUUACUCACGGGACCAAGAGGGAGCGAGCGGAUCGAGCCACGCCGGCGCUGUGACGUCACCGGAAUACGCAUGUGAUGGACCCCGUUCGGCGACAUUCGUACGGCGGGACGCGGUUGCACUUUAAAUAGCUGUGAAGUGCCGUGGCUGGCACGAGUAGACGUUUAUCCUCAUAGAGAGUAGUUAUUUGGUUUAUUUUUAACAGAAAAUUUGGGUAGCUUCAGUAGUGCCUACUAGUGUCGGGCGGCCCGACGCGUUCGUGAUUAGUGGCGCGUGUGACCAGACCAGCCAGCCUCUCUGGGGGUAUUAACAUAUUCAUUCGCCCUGUCUUCGGCCAGCCGGGACUGCUCCAAUGUCAUUCAUCCAUAUAUCGUAAUGCUUAUAUUUAUGUCACACUUAUUUAUUUGUAUCGAGCAUCAGUUUAGUUACAUUAUAGAUGUAUCAUUAUUUAUCAAGUCGUCCUGAUUUUGUAAUUUGUAAUACACCUAGCGGAGCGGGCGCGCGACGGUGCUGGAGGCGCCGGGGCCUGUUUUGAGGCCGGGGCCUGUUGGCUGCGCGCACCGACAGAGCACCACUGACGUCGGGCAGGCCGAGUCGGUUUUACCAGCGGACACGGCUGAGACCCCUACUAACCGUACGCCUCGUUGGGCUCUCGUUUAUUUCCGUUUGAAUGUUAACACUGACGUUCGCAGCACAGCUGCACCACCGGACCCGGCGUGACACUCGCGGGUUCGCCCAGGAAUUUUAUUUUGACGUUUGACCUUUCCGGCUGUUGGUGGGCGGCCGCGGGCGCCAGCCGGCGUCCGUGCCGUCGAUCGUAUGACGCAUGGUGAUGUGUUCGGCAAAUACACGAGUGUUCGAUGAA